CUAGUGUGUGCCUUCUUUCCAUGCGUAGUGAUGGCUUUACGCCGAUUCGCCUACUCUCCUGCCACCACUUUUCACUUCCCGAAAUACCCUUCCAAAUUCCUCAAAUUCCCCUCUCUGCCACUCUCCGCUUCCUCGCGUUCCUCCUUCUCAACCAUGGAAGCUCCCCCAGAAGGUUAUCGCAGGAACGUUGGUAUCUGUCUCAUGAACAAUGACAAAAAGAUUUUCGCAGCUUCAAGGUUGGACAUACCCAAUGCUUGGCAAAUGCCUCAGGGUGGUAUUGAUGAAGGUGAGGAUCCGAGAAAUGCAGUUAUUAGGGAAUUAAGAGAAGAGACAGGAGUUAGAUCAGCAGAUGUGAUCGCCGAGGUACCUUUUUGGUUAACUUAUGACUUCCCACCAAAAGUCAGGGAGAAAUUAAACAUUCAGUGGGGAUCUAAUUGGAAGGGUCAGGCUCAAAAAUGGUUUCUUUUGAAGUUUACGGGGCAAGAUCAAGAAAUCAAUCUUUUGGGUGAUGGUACUGAGAAACCUGAAUUUGGGGAAUGGUCAUGGAUAUCACCAGAACAUCUGAUUGAACUUGCAGUAGAGUUCAAGAAGCCUGUCUACAAGGAAGUCCUAGCUGUGUUUGCUCCACAUCUCCAAUAAUCUUUGGUGAAAAUUUUAUGACUUCCAAAUGACAGUUGCUGUGGAUUGCUUUAAAAGUUAUGUAAUACAUGAGUACCGAGUCAUAUUCUUUUUUUCUCCUCUUGGUCACAGGGACAGGCUGAGGGCUAUUUAAUGUAUUUCUAUGUAACUGUCCAUUUUUGUUCUCAUGAUGAAAUACGACGAGCAUGAUGUUAUGUAUCAGAAAGUUAAUGAGAAUGAUUUUUGCGACUAA